AUGUCUGCAGCUACUGAACUUAGGACAACAGGCGACCGACAAGCGCCCUCAAACCUCUCAACCAGCAGCGAUUCCCACCAGGAGCACAAGGAAACCUUGGACUUGCAGGUCGAAGCUGGCCGUGCGCCGUCACAGGUCGACGGAUGUUCUCCUCUCAUGCCUCCUGUUACUUUGGGAGGUGCUCUUAUCUAUCUUGUUUCCUUUGGCUUGCUCAACACUUGGGGUACUUUUCAGGCCAGAUACUCCCAGCAUGAGCUGGCUCCCCACUCGGUCGACGCAGUUGCUUGGAUUGGCUCCGUACAGCUCUUUCUGCUCUUCCUUUGCGGCAUGGUUGUGGGCCCGGCCACGGAUACAUUUGGACCAAAAUGGCUCCUGACUGCCGGUGCCAUCUUGCACGUGCUGUCGAUGGUUCUGACGAGUGGAUGCACCAAAUACUUUAUGUUUCUCCUCAUUCAAGGCUUCCUCUUUGGUCUCGCCAAUAGUCUCCUAUUUUAUCCUACCAUCUGGAUCGUCAACAAACGCUUUCCCAAGAAGUCCAAAGGCCUCGUGCUUGGUCUUGUCGUGUCCGCAUCCUCUCUUGGCGGCAUCAUUUGGCCUCAAGUGCUGAACGCCCUUUUCGAUCGUGUAGGCUUUGGCUGGUCACUUCGGAUCAUUGCCCUGAUCAGCUUAGUCUGUCUCGUGGUCGGCAUCACAUGUAUCAACGCUGGUCCUUCAAUUCCAUCUUCCAAGUCGCAUGGGAGGCCAGCGUCACAGUCGCAGAACCGUCCAGCGGUUGCGGAGCCGUUCAGCUCCAGCAAGAGUCCCAUCUUUCGAGAGAAGCCUUAUGUGCUCCUCUUCGUCGCUCAAACUUUCAUCAUGGGAGGUAGUUUUGUGCCUCUCCUCCUGUUCCCUCAACUUGGCUUGGACAUCGGUAUGACUUUUGCUCACGCCAACAACCUCGUUACGUAUGCCAAUGCAGGCUCCCUCGUUGGACGUGUGGGAGCGGGGAUCGCUGCUGAUCAUAUUGGAAGUCUGACCGCAUCAACCUUCUGCUCACUCUUCACGGGAGUGGUUGCGCUCGCCGUUCCGGCUGUGAAAACGCCGGCCGGACUCUACAUUAUCGCUCCGCUUUUUGGCUUCUUUUCCGGGGGCCUUGUUUCCCUCCAAUCAGCUUGUGUCGCAGCAACAAGCAAGACAAUGCUCGACAAGAUCGGUCUUCGUAUCGGCGUUCUCAUGUCGGUUGCCAGUAUCCUCGUUCUCAUCACCACCCCACUCGCUGGUCUCAUGGCUCAACAUGUCGGACUCAAAACGGGCUAUUUCGCAGGAUCCCUUUGCGUGGCCGGCGCCGCUUUCCUUGCUGUAAGCCGCUGGUUCAUUUCACCUUCGAUACGUCAACCUGCCUAA